GACUUGACCAGUCCUUACUUCCCCGCCUGUGGUCCUGAAACUCUGGAACUGAUGGCUGGUGAAGUACCCAGUCCAGCCUGGUAAGGCUGGGGCAGGUUCUUGCAGGGCCUUUCAGGGACUGAAACCAGGCAUCCUGCCCCUCCUUCUCCCUGGAGCCGCCCUGUGCCCUCGGGCAUCAUGUCAGGGUGGGGCAAUGGCACCUACAAUGAGUCCUACACCAGCUUCCUCCUAGUGGGCUUCCCAGGGAUACAAGAAGCCAGAGCCCUCCUAGUGCUGCCCUUCCUCAGCCUCUACGUGGUGAUCCUCUUCACCAAUGCCCUGGUCAUCCACACCGUGGCAUCCCAGCAGAUCCUGCACCAGCCCAUGUACCUGCUCAUCGCCCUGCUGCUGGCCGUCAAUGUCUGCACUGCCACCACCGUGCUGCCCGCCAUGCUGUUCAGCUUCUCCACACGCUUCAACCGCAUCUCCCUCCCUCGGUGCCUGGGACAGAUGUUCUGCAUCUAUUUCUUCAUUGUCUUUGACUGCAACAUCCUCCUGAUCAUGGCCCUGGAUCGCUAUGUGGCUAUCUGCUAUCCUCUCCGCUACCCAGAGAUAGUGACAGGACAGUUGCUGGCUGGCCUGGUGGGGUUGGCAGCCACCAGGAGCACAUGCAUCGUUGCUCCCGUGGUGGUGCUGGCCUCCCGAGUGCGCUUCUGCCGCUCAGAUGUGAUCCACCACUUUGCCUGUGAGCACAUGGCCCUGAUGAAGCUCUCCUGUGGGGACAUCUCCCUGAAUAAGACUGUGGGACUCACUGUUCGCAUCUUCAACAGAGUCCUGGAUAUGCUUCUGCUAGGAGCCUCCUAUUCCCGCAUCAUCCACGCUGUCUUCAAGAUCUCAUCGGGUGGAGCACGAGCUAAGGCCCUGAACACCUGUGGCUCCCACCUGCUCGUCAUCUUCACUGUCUACUCUUCUACCAUGUCCUCAUCCAUCGUCUACCGCGUGGCCCGUGCUGCCUCCCAAGACACACACAACCUGCUCAGUGCUUUCUACCUGUUUCUCCCAUGUCUGGUCAAUCCCAUCAUCUAUGGGGCCAGAACCAAGGAAAUCAGGCAGCACCUAGUGACUCUGCUCCAAAGGACUCAACAACAGGUCUCCCCUAAGAAGCCCCAGUCCCUGCCCUCACGUAGAGAGCUUCCUGGCUGA